AGCAUUCCAGCCAACGGACUACCAAAAACAACCAAGGGAGAAAAUAACAUACUGCUAAGAAACAAUAUUAGUAAUAUAGUAGAGAGGCAAAAAAAUAAUUAAAGCUGAAUCAUUUGAAAGUUAAUUGUCAGUCCUGAGCAGGGGAAGCGUGCAGGUGAGGGCGAUGAAAACGAAACACUGAUCUGUCAUUAUUUGGAAGAAAGCCAGGGUGAGCAAGCACACCUGCAGUCUGCAGAGAAAAGAGAGCGAGAGAAAGAAAGAAAGACAGAGAGGAAGAGAGAGAGAGGAGGAGAGAUAACAGUGUAGAGAGAGAGAAAGGAGGAGCAACUGAGAGAAAAGAGCACUACAGAGGCUGAGAGCUGCACACACAGCCGUGAGUAGUUUCAGGAGAGGACACAGGCAGAGGACAGGAAACAAGAAGAAAAGUAAGAGAGAGGGAAAAAAAGAGGUAAAGAAGACAAAAACACUCUUGGCUGGGAAUCCAUCCAUCCCAUCCGGCCGACUGCAAAAGCUCCAGUCUGCAGUGAAUGGUCAAAACCAGUGUGACUGGGCGCCUACUGGGAGGACAGACCACAGUGAGCAGACUGCAGAACAGCAUGGCUGACGGCGUGAGCGAGGAGUCCGAGUAUAACCCGGAGAAAGAUGAGCUGAGCUGGGGCUACGAGGAAGGUGUAGAGUGGGGACUCCAUUUCCCAGCAGCCAAUGGCGAGUAUCAGUCUCCAAUUAACUUAAACUCCAGGGAGGCCCAGUAUGACCCGUCCCUCCUAGACGUAGGCUUAUCACCAAACUACGUGGUGUGUCGAGACUGUGAGGUCAUCAACGAGGGACACACUGUCCGCAUCCUUCUCAAGUCCAAGUCAGUGGUUACCGGGGGGCCGCUGCCCAGUGAUCACGAGUUUGAGCUUCAUGAGGUUCGAUUCCACUGGGGCAAAGAGAACCAGAGAGGAUCAGAGCACACUGUCAACUUCAAGGCUUUCCCCAUGGAGCUCCAUCUCAUUCACUGGAACAGCACUCUGUUUAACACUGUGGAGGACGCCCUGGGGAAGAAGAAUGGAGUCCUCAUCAUAGCUUUGUUUGUGCAGAUUGGUAAAGAGCACCUGGGUCUGAAGGCCAUCACUGAAGUCCUGCAGGACCUACAGUACAAGGGGAAGAGCAAAAUAAUCCCAUGCUUUAACCCCAAUACUCUGUUACCUGACCCAUUGUUGAGGGACUACUGGGUGUAUGAAGGAUCUUUGACCACCCCACCCUGCAAUGAAAAUGUGACCUGGAUCCUCUACCGCUACCCUCUCACCAUCUCACAGCUGCAGAUUGAGGAGUUUCGGAGGCUGCGCUCUCAUGUCAAAGGCGCUGAGCUGCUGGAAGGGAAUGACGGGAUGUUGGGGGACAACUUCCGUCCCACCCAGCCGCUCAGUGACCGGAUGGUUCGGGCUGCCUUCCAGUGACUCUCACGUAUCACUUCAACUCAGAAAACAAUGGGUCCUUACCUUACGAGUAUGGAAGGUAACAACAGUUCAGCCGUCUCCUGUUUUAGCAUACAUUAGCUGGGAAAGCUGCUUAUGAAGAAGUAUACAUCCAAACCUAUGACUGGUCCAGUGUUCUGCAUCAAUAUCAAAUUGCAAUUUACAGUAAAAAUAAUUGUGUGAACCAAAUAAGUGUGUAUAUGUAUAAUGGAUGAGCUCUGUAUACAGAAACAGAGUAUAAUGUAUGCAUGAAUGGGUCAUUGGAUCAUAUUGUAAAGCUCUAUAUAUAUGCUGUCCAUUUACCUUUCACCAUGUGAUUGUGGAUGUUUUAAGCAGAAGUUUAGAAUUUUUUGUUAGGAAACAGUUGAUGAAAGGGAGACAGGAUAAAUUAGUAUUCACUCUCUGCCAUUUUGUCUCCACGUGUUGAAUAAAUUUCCAAUAUUAUACUACAUUAUAUUUUGGUCUUCGCUAACUCUUGUCGUAAAUAUUAAGCUGCUAAAUAUUCCACUUUACUAUGUAUCUAGGUGAAAGCUUUGACGUUGAGUGCCAAGCAGGUUGAUCUUUUUUUGUGAGUUUGUUAAUAGUGCAGCAAAAAACUAUUGAAUUUUCUCUACACAUCCCCAAAACAGUGUUCUCUGUAUUUUGAGUUGGUUCAGUGCAUUUCAUCACAAGGGACAUUUUGGAAACAGGCUUUCCCUGAGGUAUUUGUGUUCUCUGAAGCCUUAGUAUAAUGGAUCAAGCCCUGGAAGAACUAACCCAGUUCAGCUAUCCAUCUGGGACCAGCCUAUAUAUGUAUGAAGGGAUACCAGAUUUAGCUCACCAGCACUGCAGUAAGAAGACAGGAGGGAACUCUGGAAUUCAGAUGGAACAUUGAGGUUGAAGAGAAGACAAAUGAGACAAUAAAAGUCCUAACUUUAAACUGUUAAGGGCAAAAGACCCAGAAGUCAUUAGAAUUUCGGGGGAAAUUAAAAUUUUACCAAACCAGAGGACCAAAGAACUGCAGAGGAAUUUUGGUGUAAGUGUGUUUCCAUGCAGUCUUUGGCUGAGCCCCGGUGAAGAUUGUCGUUUUUUGACUAAUAGCCUAGCUGUUAGGUCAUGUUAGUUGCACCUAUACACUAUGUCACCCAGAAGGACCUAUAGCUUGAAAGCAGUGGACAAAGAAUUGCAGCUUGGGGCACACCUCUCAAGGAGAACUCUAAUCCAGAACUAAAACAGCUGUUUACUUUAAUGUUUAUUAUUGAAAUGAGUGCAGCAGUUAGUUUAUAGUACACUUUUGCAGGCUGAGAGAGUUUUUAUAAUGCUUUGAUUGUCAAAGACAAUGUGAGAGGGCCUGAAAGGAGAGAGUAAAAGAAGUGGAGACUGAAAUGAAUUAACAGAGGAAGAAGUCUAUUGGGAGGAGGGAGGUAGAGGGGGAGAUAGGGGAUUGCUGUGGUGGAGGGAGGUGAUGGUGCCAAUGGAAUGAAAAAGGAGGACACAGGGGAAGGGCAGGGACCAGAGGCUAGGAGAACAGAGGACCAUUGUUUACAGUGUAAAUGGAUACUGGUCUGAUCCCACCAGCAGAAACCCACCUGAGACGGGUCCUGCAAGAGGUAGAUAGGUGAGAGCAAUGGGGGGGGGGGGG